AUGGACUAUAUAAAGUUGUUCGUUUGGAAGAAGAAUGUAAAUUUUGAAUUAUUUCGGAACAAUCUAAUUGAUCUCUUGAAUAGGAUUUCGGUUCGGAACUUUUUUCGGAUGGUAAUUUUGUACCUCGAACUAUGACCUCUGUCAUAAAUCCAAAAAUUGGCCAGCCAGGGAAAAUGUCUGGAGCUACCGACUAAUCAGCUCGACAUUGGUAAAGCGAAUUCGGACGAGUCGGGGUAUUUCUAGUGACCACUUCAGUAGCGUCAGCACCCUUAAGAGAAGCCUAAAAUUGUUCAGAAACGUCCGGAGCACGUCCGCUUUGUGUCACCACCGUCCGAGAGGGAAGGCGGUCCUUCGCUUUCGCGAUGGCGCGCACUCGUCAGUCGCUUCCGUCCCAAUGAAACUGCUCCUUGUGGCUCUCUGCGUCGUUUCCGCCCUCACACGUCCUCCGGUUCUUCACCUCGACGGUCCCUACUGUCACUACUGCGAGGUAAACUCGUUCUUCUCGAAGAAUAUCUUUCAUUUGUGCGAUCAUCUACAACAUUUCAAAAAUGUGCUCUAAAACUGACUAAAAGGCAACAUUUUAUAGCUCCUUGACGAGAAAACUUCAUUUAUUUGUUCAAUAAGCGAGUUUUAAAGUUCGAUGAUUUCGUGAAAAGUUAUACAGGCUUUCACAAAAUCCUGAUAGACUACCAUCCCUAAAAUUGGAUUCCAAACAGCUUCAGUACUAAAGCCCUUCAAUACCAUAUAUUCAGGUGAUAAUAAACGAUAUAAAGUACCAGUUCCACAACAACUUCACCGGCGUCAGCGUCAACCAGCUCAGACUGGCUCUCUACAGGUGGGAACUCCGAUGGGACCAGUCUUGACCCUUCGACAGGGAGUGCGACGAGAACUUCACCGGCUUCACCGACGUCGAGUGUCACCAGACGGUCGACAAAGACGUCGACAAAACCUUGGCUCUUCUGAAGAACGGAACGUCAGCCUACCGGGUCUGCGAGCAGAACCAGCUCUGCUAG